ACGUCUUUUAUUUUUAUGUUACACAGCUACAUAUUUAAACUUAUCAACUGUAUUCAAGCAGAAGGAGGAGAAGCACAAAUGGAAUAUGUAGUAGAAGAUCAUUCUGAAGAAUCUGAUAAUGAUAAUGCUGAUGACUUAGAAAUCCAAGCUGAAACAGAAAAUACAAAAGACAAUGAUGAAAGUGAAACAAAAGCAAAAAAGGCAAAAGAAACAACUUUAGAUGAAUCUGAUGUUGAUUCUGACCAGUCUUGUCCAAUAUGCAUGGAUUUAUGGACUAGUUCUGGGGAUCAUCGUUUGUGUUGUUUACGAUGUGGACAUUUGUUUGGAUAUAGUUGCAUUUUAAGAUGGUUACAAACUUCUUGCACUAGUGGCAACCGUCGUUGUCCACAAUGCAAUAGAAGAGCUGCUGUGAAAGAUAUCAGAAUGUUGUAUGCCAAAAAGUUAACGUCUAUAGAUACCAGCGAAUUAGAUAAAUUAAAAGAACAAUUAAAUAAUGUUAGUUCUGAAAAAAAUCGUAUAGAAAUGGAACUUUCAAAAUAUACAUUAAGACAAAAGUUAUUUGAACAGCAAAUUGCUAGUAUGAGGAAUAGGAUCUCUGAACUAGAAAGUCAGCAAUCAGAAAUAAAUAUUCAUUCUUGCCAGAAGAUAUCUAAACAUAUGAUUAAAAAGUUCCAUUUAGAUCGAUCUAUAGAGAUAUGUAAGGAUGGCGGUUGCCGUGUAUUAGACUACAACCCAUGGUUUGGAUUCCUAGUUGUAUCCCAGAAGUCAACUAAUAUGUUAUUUUCGGGUUAUGGUAUUAAAAAAAUUGAUUCGGAUAAAUUUCAACCACGUCACUUUAUUCUUUUACAUAAUCAAGUUAUAAGAGAUAUUACAUUUAAUACAACUCAACAGUCAUUGCUGCUUAGUGUUGGUUUCGAUAAAUGUGCAAAAUUAAUGGAUAUUCAAAAUCACAUUAUUUUGCAUACUUAUCAAACAGAAUCUCCAUUGUGGAGCUGCUGUUGGUCAGGCAAUAAUUCAAAUGUGUUUUUUGCGGGUGCACAAAAUGGAUCUAUAACACAAUUUGAUAUUAGGCAAACUUCUGGUGCUGUUGAAACUUUAGACAAUGCAGGCGACAGAUCACCAGUAGUUUCUCUAGCAACAGUGCCUUCUAAUCCGGGUAGCGGUAUUAGUCGAGGUGGAUUCAUAGCAUGCCAUUUGAGUACAUGCUAUGCUUAUGAGCAGAAAGACUCAAAAUAUUUACCUAAACAAAUAUUCCUUGAAGGUCCGUUUGUAUCUGUAUGUUAUGAUGAAAAGAAUAAUCAUACUUUGAUAUCUUCCCGACCAAAUGCUAGACAGCCUCAUGCACGACACAUAGUAUGUACUAUAGAAAAAGAUAAUGAGGAAUCAACAAUUUGUAAUGUAGUACAUACGUUCCAUGCUGGUAAUUCUCAACAGUUAUUGUCUCGACCAUGUUACUUAAAUAUUGAAAAUGAUACAUUAGUUGCUGCAUACCAAGAAUCUAGUACCAGUAUAUCAUUAUGGAGUGUAUCUACUGGAAAACAAAUAAAUAGUCUUCCUGUUUCUGAUCCUGUAGUGGAUAUGUGUGCAGUUGACGUUAGUAAUAAUUUAUAUUUGGCAACACUCUCUUCAAAAAAAGUUAGAAUUUAUAAUCAUGGAUAACUAUUAUUACUAUGGAAGUAAAUAAAAAUAUCAUAUUUUUUCCAUACACAUCAUACAUUUAUAAUGUAAUAGAUACAUGAUAUAGCUAAUAAUAUUGUAUUUGUUUUUACAUUAAAUUUAAACAACAUUAUUUUAUAUAAAAUUA